AGAUGGCGGCCCUCACAUAUAUAAAACAUCGUCAGCUCUACAGAAACUAUCUGGUAGUUUUCCUGGUGUUGUCCACAGCGAAAGCUCAGCUGGCAUCAGGCGGUAACCAACACGAGUCGUUCUACAAUGGGAUGGAAGAACUCCAGUCUGACACAGACACCAGCAAACAGAGAGACAGUUCUGCAGAUCUAGAUCUGGACAGACCAACAUCACACAGUUCUGUAGCAGAGUUGGACAGAACAUCUCCACACAGUUCUACAGAACUAGACAGAAUGCCGGCUUCUCGAAACGCAGAACUGAAGAGAACAGAAAACUCUGUACCUACAGAAACAAACUCAGACAGACAAGAACGUUCUUCUCCAACAGAAGUGGGCAGAACAGAAAGUUCUUCAGUCAUAGAGUCAGAGAAACAGGACAGAACUGAUCCAGAAUCGGACAGAACACUCGAGGGUUCUCUAGCAGCUACAGAAUCUGACAGUAAAACAGGCUCUGAUAUAGAGUCUGAUACGACAGUGUUGAAAUCACAACAUGAGGAAUCAGACCUGACAGACAAAACGUCAGGAUCUGCCACAGGUUUGGGCCCAGACGGGAAGCAGCUAUCCUCCACACGGGUGGGAUUGGAAGAAAAAACAGCUUCAUCCGAGCAAGGGGGGGAAUCGGACAAAACUUCGGAAUCUCCGAAUGCAGAGUCAGAACUAGGAACGGAAGCUUCGCUACCUACGAGUGUGGAGGAAAAUCCGGAUGGUGAUCUGGGAAAUGGCACCCUGGUUGCCCAUGGCAACGCCACCCUGGUAACCCCCGGCAACACGACAGGUGAGAACAGCACAGGUGAGGCGUCAGACAGGGAGGAUGAUGGGAAUGCCACAGGGUCGAAGGUCGGGCCGAAGAAGGUCAGCUGUGCGGCACGCGACCUUCCCAGUGGGGAGACCCCGUCUGUCAAGGUUGUAAACGGGACGGAACUCAUUCACCAACUGAAGGUGACGCAGACAGCUGCAGGAAACGUGACUGCGGAGGGAGACUGCGUGCUGGUGAUGUUCUACGCGCCGUGGUGUCCGUUCUCUGCUGCGGCCGCGCCCGCGUACCAUGCUGUGCCGCGGGCCUUCCCAGCGGUCACAGUGCUGGCCAUAGACGCCGUCGCUAACAGCCACCUGAACACGCGGUUCGGCACGGUUGCCGUCCCCAACAUCAUGCUGUUCUACAAUGGCAAGGCCCUCUCCCGCUUCAACCAAUCAGAGCGCAGCUUGGACCAGCUACGGAUGUUCGUCAAGAACCACACAGGGCUUGAGGGAGACCCGACUGUUGAGAUCCAGCCCGAGGACUUCGCCGGCCCGUUGCCGACGGCGCCGACCUCUGAACCCGACUACUUCCUGUGGGCAUCCUGGGGCUUCCUCGUCAGCUUCGGGGUCAUCGCCAUGGCGAGGUCAUCGCCCGGGAAACGGCUGCUCGUCAGGCUCGGCAUCCUGGUGCCGGUACAUCAACACGCAGACUGAGGGUGUACAUGGGGGGAUGAAUAUUGCACAUUUAGUGCAGGAAUACAAGGAAACCGACAACUAGGAAGACAGGGGGAUGGGGGUGACCGUUGGUACCAAAAUUUGUUGUUGCUGUCCUGAAUGUUUUCAUUUUUAAAUCUGACAAAAAUGGAACAAGAGAACCACGGAACCACACUGGUGUGGCUAAAUGUUCUGCCAAAGGAUCAGACUUGAAACACAAGACAUAAUUUGAGUAGAUUAGACCACCAACCUUGCCCAUAAUCAACAAAAUAAAAUGAAAUUUACAAAAGCUCAAAUCUUUUCAAGGAGGUAGUUUUCCUGUACAUGUUCAUACGACUGUCUUUACCUCCUACGUACAUAUUUGUACUUGUCGUUGUGAACCGUUGUGGUGAAGCUAGUAUUAAGUGCAAUACUAUGUGUUAUGCAUCCUUCUUAAUUUUGACUUUAUAAUGUGCAAUUAGUGUAUACUCUUGUGUG